AUGUCAUUUACACAGUUUGGCUACCCAUACCCUGCAACACCCCAGCUCUUAAUGUCCUCUAAUGCCCUGAGCACCUGCUAUGGGGCCAGUAGUGGUGCUCUGUCGGACUCUGGAGUGGCGACUUCUCCUCAAGCCUCGCUUUAUUGUCCGGUAUAUGAAAGUAGACUUGUGGCCUCUGGCCAGCACAACCUCAUCCCCACCACUUUCUAUGGCAACUCCUGUUCAAAGAACCAUGGUUAUGACACCUGCAGCACUUAUGGGCCAAAUUCAACUUCAUUCUAUCCUCUGGGCAAACUCAGUGACAAAGAUGUGUCAGCGACAGAACAUUCAAGAGUUUCCCAAAGCUCUGCUUACUAUGAUCCAAUCAGACAGUACCAAUAUAACAGAUAUGGAUAUGGAUCCAUGGAUGUGGGUACAAGGAGGAAAAAUGCUACCAGAGAAACCACCAGCACACUAAAGGCAUGGCUGCAGGAACAUAAAAAUAACCCAUACCCCACCAAGGGUGAGAAGAUCAUGCUGGCCAUCAUCACUAAGAUGACCCUUACUCAGGUGUCCACCUGGUUCGCCAAUGCGCGCCGGAGACUCAAGAAGGAGAAUAAGAUGACGUGGUCGCCACGCAAUAAGACCUCAGAAGAGAAAGAGUCCGAUGACGACCAAGAAGAUAAGGAUGAGUCACAGGCGGAGCCUUUAAAAACCAAUGACAACAAUGGAAAAGAUGACACAGAUCAACUUCAUAGCGAUCUGGAAGAUUUAGAUCUUGUGGAUUCAGAUGGCUCUGAGUGCGAAUUGAAACCGCCGUUUGUUGUGCGCGUUCGCUCCGAGGCCCAUGGAUGUCCAGAUACAGAGCCUUUUCAUGACACCAUAACCGAACUUUCGAGAGAUGUUCCUGAAUUCAGUGAAGACCUCCUGAGACCAACUUCUGAAACUGCAAAGUUCUACAUUCAGCGAGACCAAAAGACCAUUGAGACCAAACCAAAAAUCUGGUCACUUGCACAGACUGCUACUUCGUUAAGCCAAGAUGAUUAUUCUUCAUGUAUGCAUAAAGGUCAAGGAACAUCAUGCUCUACAAACUCAGAUUCAGACUCAGACAUAAAAAAGAGGCAACAAGAGUCUCCAGUGGCCACUCUGAGAAACUGGGUUGACGGCGUCUUUCCCGAUCCUUUAUUCCGGCACACCAACUUAAACCAAACUUGCAGCAACUCCACAGAGUUUUGGACUGACGCCAUUUUCACACAGAAUAGCUACCAUGAACACUCAGGACCUAUUACUUCUUCUCAUGAUCAUUUAUAA